AUGAUUCACCAGGGCAGGAGCAAACCCGGCGCAGGAACCCGAGGUGAGCCAGAGCGCCGCCCCAAGAUGUCCAUAUUCAGAGAGAUGUGGGAUAAACUGGGGACCCCGUCGACGGCCCUUCGCUCCCCAGGCAACUGGAACCCCAAACUCCCUCCCGCCAGGCUCGACGCCUCCCUUUCUUCCCUCUACUACCUUGACUUCAACUCCCGUGAAACCGAACUGGGGCCCGAUUACGCCCCCCUGGCCCUCACCCUGGGGGGCCACAGCCUCAUCUUCCAGGAGGGCCAGUGGCUGUUGCAGCAGAAGCCCCAAGGGGCCAAGGGCCGGAGUCCAAAGGCAGGGGACCGAACCCGCAUCCACCGCCUGAAGAAUAAGAACCGGGAGUUACAGGAGGAGAAUAAUGCCCUGAAGAUCCGGGUGGAACUGCUGAUGGACAUGCUGGCAGAGACCACAGCCCGGCUACAGGGCUCUGAUCCUGGGGAGGGGGGCAGCCAGGACAGCCUAGCAGUACCACAAACACCCCAGUUGAAGAGGGCAAGCUUCCAGAUUGGUUCUACUAAAAGAAAGUCCUAA